ACUCCUCUUCCCCUUCCCCGUUUGUCUCCCUCCCCCCAAAAACCCUAGCCGCUCGGCUCGUGUCCAAACCCUAGCGAGAGGAGGAUGGGGGGAUCGCGCCGCAAGCUCAAGCGCUCCCGCACCAAGGUGCGCGUGGGCCUGCCGCGCAAGAAGCCGCGGGAAUUCAAGCCGGCCUUCGACCUGCCCGAGGAGCUCGCGGCCGCGGCCGCAGCCGAGGGCGGCGGGCACGCGCCGAGCUGGGACUCGGAGGGCAGCGUGGUGAAGAACUACGCCGCGUUCGGGGUCGUCGCCAACCCCAACCUUCUCGGCGCGCACGCCCGCGGCACGCCGCGCCUCGUCCAGAGCGCGCCGCUCCAGGCGCCGGACGUCGACGCGGCGCGCGCCCCCGUCGACGAGUUCGAGCCCGUCGACCCUGGCAGCGACCUCGAGUCCGACGAUCUGAAAUCUGCGCUUGGAAAGCAAAGACGGGAUGGGAAAUCUGCACCUUUGGAACCACUGACUAAAGUUCAACGAAUUUAUGUCGGCAGAUUAAUAGAGAAGCACGGAGAUGACUACAAGGCCAUGUUCAUGGAUAUCAAGCUGAACACAAUGCAGCACUCAGUUGGUACACUGAAAAAGCUCUGUGAAAGAUAUCACGUAGUUGGCAAGAACAUGAUCCAUCCUCUGUAAUAGUAUCAUAGGAGUAUUUACAAUCUUCUUUCACUGUGUACCUUAAUCCUCCCGCUCGAACCGGUGGGAAGAAAAUUUUGCCUGUGAAAAUUGGUGCAUGCAGUUGUUGGAGACGGCUGUUCGAGAAAUCAGAAAUGGCAUGCACUCUGUACCUCGAGGAAAAUCAUGGAAGUUGUAUCAAAUUCAGAACGGUUCGACACCUUUGGCUGGAGUGUUGUAUCAAAAAUAUCUGGUGCGAUUGUGAUGAUUAUCUAUAUGCAGUAUGAAAAA